CGCGUUCAUCCCGAGCGGUCCCCGGCAGCGCGCGCUCGGUAAGGAAAUGCAGACGCGUGGUGACAAUGGUGCGCGUGGGACUGCGAGUCUGUAUGGAAACUUUACCACGGAGACAUUUGUGGAGUAACAUUACUAGGAAAUUCAGCAUGGCUGCCGCUGUGUUCUUACAUCUUUGUCGCUGCUGGGCUUAAACACAGCCACGUUCCACCUCAAGAGCCUCUAAAGUGCAUGAUGUAAAUGCAUUUUCGCAGCCUCUGAGAGAUGUACGACUGAAACAUGACCCUCGAUGCAGCUUUCUGGACCCCUGGUCCGGCGUCUGAUUAAUUCGAGCCCCUCCGAGAGACCAUCAGAGGGGGGGAAUAAGGAGCAGAGGUGGCUGGUGAUCGGUGGUUGGUGACCAGGAGGAGGAGGGGGGUUUGGAAACCAUCUAUAUCCAUUGGAAUAUACCAUUUCUGGAAUACCACUGUGCAUUUGGAAUAUUGUAGAACUUUGGGAAUUUUCAAUCAUUUUUGGAAUUCGUUUGGAAUAUUGGGAAUUUUACACCCGUUUUGCAGUCAUGAAAGUGAACCCGAGCGCUUGUUUGUGUCCUGUACUUUUGUGCCUGUGUUUUCUGGAGAGGAGUUACGAGGCGAGUCAUUACAGCCAGGCCAAAGUCAUUGCCAGGAACCACAAUGCAACUCACAGUCACAACCAGACCAAGGAUGGGGAAACAGAGGUGCACCAUCGACCCAAACGGGGAUGGAUAUGGAACCAGUUCUUUGUCUUAGAGGAACAUAUUGGAACAGAUGCACAGUAUGUAGGAAAGCUACAUUCUAAUUCAGACAAAGGUGAUGGAUCUGUCAGAUACAUCUUGAGCGGGGAAGGGGCGGGGAGUAUCUUCAUCAUCAACGAGGUAACAGGAGACAUUCAUGCCACCAAGAGUCUGGACCGGGAAAAGAAGUCCCAUUAUGUUCUCCACGCGCAGGCCAUCGACCGCAACACCCACAAACCCUUGGAGCCCGAGUCGGAGUUCAUUAUUAAAGUUCAGGAUAUUAAUGACAAUGCCCCCAAAUUCCCAGACGGACCCUUCGUCACAUCUGUGCCUGAAAUGUCGGAAAUCGGUAUGUCAGUAUUUCAGGUCACAGCGACGGAUGCAGACGACCCCACAUAUGGAAACAGCGCACGGGUGGUGUACAGCGUUCUGCACGGACAGCCGUACUUUUCGGUUGACCCUAAAACAGGCAUCAUCAGGACAGCCCUGGCAGAUAUGGAUCGAGAGGCAAGAGAACAUUACUCAGUAGUGAUUCAGGCAAAAGACAUGGCAGGUCAGGUGGGCGGGCUGUCGGGCUCCACCACGGUCAACAUCACACUCACUGACGUCAACGACAACCCACCCAAGUUCCCUCAGAAGAAUUAUCAGGUGUUUGUCCCCGAGUCGUCGCAGGUGGGGAAGCCAGUGGGAAAGAUCAAAGCCACAGAUGAGGACAUCGGAAUCAAUGCAGAGAUUAAAUACAGCAUCCUGAACCCCGAGGGCUCGGGAAUGUUCUCCAUUUCCACAGACAAAGACACUAGGGAAGGAAUUAUCACAUUAAGAAAGCCUCUUAACUACGAAAAGAAAAAGCAGUACAGUCUUCACAUCUCUGCCGAAAACACACACCUGGACCCUCGCUUCUCCUAUCUGGGUUCAUUUAAAGAUGAUGCCACGCUCAAGAUCACAGUUGGAGACGUGGACGAACCCCCGGUUUUCUCAAUGGAUUAUUACAUCAUGGAGGUGUACGAGAACGCCAGGGUUGGAACUGAAGUGGGAGCCGUCACAGCUCGAGACCCAGACAGCAAAAACAGCCCAGUACGAUAUUUCAUCGAGCGGAGAGAAGACAAAGAGGUGUAUUUUGAUAUCGAAUCCAUCAGCGGUGUCAUUAGAACGACUCAGCUGCUGGACCGGGAGGAGACGCCAUGGCACAACAUCACUGUCAUGGCAACGGAGGAGGACAAUCCCAGCCUUCAGAGUCACGUACCUGUCACAGUGCAGGUACUGGAUGUAAAUGACAAUCCUCCAAAGAUCAACACGGAUGAGGAGAUCAUCAUCUGCGAGAGCACCAGAGCAGGACAGGUCAUUCAGACGAUCACUGCUGUGGAUAAAGAUGAUUUUGCCAAUGGAAAAGGAUUUUCCUUCUCUUUUCCUGGAGGAAUUCCUGUCAAUCCCAACUUUACAAUUAAAGACAAUGAAGACAGCACUGCCAAUAUCAUCGCCAGGCGCCGCCGGUUCCACAGACUGACCCAGGAGCUGUAUGAGGUUCCAGUGGUGGUGUGGGAUGAUGGAGAGCCCGUGUUGAGCAGCACGGGCACCCUCACUCUCAGGGUCUGCUCCUGCCAGAGAGGAACCAGACUGAAGAUCUGCCAGGGCGACGCGUUCCUCACAUCUGCAGGCCUCAGCACGGGUGCUUUGAUAGCCAUUCUGUUGUGCGUUCUUAUUUUACUCGCCAUCGUGAUUUUGUUCAUCACGUUGCGGCGGAGCAAAAAGGAGCCACUGAUCAUAUCAGAGGAGGACAUCCGUGAGAACGUCGUGACGUACGAUGACGAAGGUGGCGGAGAGGAGGACACGGAAGCCUUUGACAUCAUCGCUCUCCGAAACCCAGCCGCCGCCGAGGAACUCAAAUUCCGCAGGGACGUCCGACCCGAGUGCGUCCGUUCGGGGUCAUCAAGGAGACCGCCCCGUCGCCUCAGACACGACCAUCUUAGCCCCACGUCUCUGGAUAUAGAUGCCGAAACGGACGUUGGGGAGUUUAUCAAACAAAGGGUUGUCGAGGCAGAUCAGGAUACUAGUAUACCACCCUAUGAUUCAUUACAGACCUAUGCCUACGAAGGUCAAGGGUCACCAGCAGGCACCAUCAGCUCACUCGGCUCAGCUGGUGCACAUUCCGAACAGAGCUAUGACUUUCUUGAUGAAUGGGGACCAGAAUUCCAAAAACUAGCAGAACUUUACGGAGACGAAGUCGAAACGGAGUCGGCGUCGACUGAAAAGGCAGAGUCAGAAAAGCAGACAUAAAUAUCGAUCAAUGUCAGAAAAACUGAACGAAUAACAAUAAAAACAUUGCUCUUUUUGGCAUCCCACUUCAUGUUUUCAUCAAUAAAACUCUCAGGCCGAUACGCCGCAGUGACGUGAUGGCUGUAAAAACGGGCUGACCUGCCUUUGAUCUCGUUUCUUUUGGAUGUUCGGACUCAGACAAGACAAGAAUGAUUUUGAAAAGAAAAUCAAGCAAAAAAGAAUAAAAAAAAUAAUGGAAAAAAGGGAAAUAUUUUAACUGGUGUAUAUUUUUUAUUGCUCAAUAAAGUCCUGAAUUCCUGA